UUCACACCACAAGCAUUUCGAAUAUUGGAUAAGAAAAACAUCGAAAAGCCAACUUUACUUUUUCCUAAAUCAAGUCGUGAUUUGACCUUGGGUUGUGAAGGUGCUAUAGCAACCCGAAUAAACAAAAUUAUGACAACAUCAGAAAGUCAUUCAUUGUUCCUGCAUUUUGCAUUAAAAACUCCAGGUCAUGCCGGAAUCUGAAAUUCCCAACGAGGAUCAUCACGACUCAGGCUCAUCAUUGGCAUCUACACCUCCUCAUCGAGUGAACCAGCAUUUCGUAGGGGGUCGUUUUUUACCACAUUCGAUCAGCUCGGAUUCCUCAAUAGAAAUUGAUCCUGAUCUGGAAAAUGUUCUCAAUAUUGAACCACUUCCGGCCGAACCGAAUUAUGUUCCUAUUGUGUUACCUGUGGAGCCAACGUUUGAAGAGUUAUUACAUCGUGUUACCGGUCGUGAUGAUUUGCAGAAUGUAGAUACUCUGAAACUACGUGUUAUAUCCUAUAUGGUCAGCUUGCAAAGAUUGCCGAUAUUCAUGCCAAGAUUAAAUACAUUAAAUUUGGAGGGAAGUGUAGUAGGAUCACUUCGUGAUUUGGGUUGUGGAUUGGUGGAGCUAAAACAUUUGAAUGUCAGCAAUUGCGGUCUUCGAAGUUUAGAUGGAACUAAUGGCAUACAAGGCCUGGAGACUCUUGUGGCUGAUAAUAAUAUGAUAGAAAAUGUAGGCCCGUGUUGUAAUUUGACCGAACUUAAAAUGUUAAGUUUGAAAGAGAACAAAGUGAAGGAUAUGGGAAUAGUAAGUUUCUUGGCAAUGUGUCCUUUGCUAAAGGAGUUGAACCUAAGAGAUAACCCAAUAGCGUCGAGCCAAGGGUAUCGGCAGAACAUCAAAAAGCAUAUCCCUACUAUUGAAAUUCUAGAUGAUUCUCCUCUCUUGGAUAGUGCAGAAGGAGACGCGAACGCAAGAACCGAAUUAGAAGCAAGUCUUAGUUCCACAUCUAGUUUGGAAUCAGCAUCUAGCCUAUCAACACAAGAGUAUAGCGAAUACGAUAUGGGGUUUAUGGACUGCAGUCAUCUUCCCUCAACCAGUCAAGAGGCCUAUCGUCAAAUUCAAUCUGAUUGGGCUGAAACUUCGUUAGCUUCCGACACAAAAACUGUACGUGGAACAAUUCUGGAUAAAGUUCGGGGUCAUCGGAAAAUUAGGAAAUUGAGUUCAUCUCGGAUAAGUCUAACAAGUUCGAGUAGCUCAACUUCAUGUGAUUUACGAUUCGCUGACAAGUUGCCACAAAACAAUGUAGAACUGGAGUUGGGUAUAAUUGGCGCAAAGGAAGAUGAUGCUAUUUCCAAUGGAAGUGGAGUUAGUAUCGAUAGUUUACAACAAAUUAUCGAAAAAUGGAAAUUGGAGUGCAAGCGGAAAAAAGAGGAAAAUCAAUAAAAAUAUUGUGAAGCAACUUAAUUUGAAAUAUAUUUAUUUUUAUCUA